AAUUUAGCCAAUUCAUCGUCUUCGAUUUGCACUAUUAGUAAUAUUCACCAUUACUUUAAUACCAUUAUGUUUAAUGGCAAGAAUGCAAAGUUUAAUUCGUUUAAAUGUAUUCACUUGCUUAUUUUAUGGUGUAGUUACUUUUCAUAUGAUUUUUAUACUCGGUCUACCUCGUUUAAUUUCCAAUAUGCCAUGGGAAGAAUUGAAUUGGUGGAAACCAGCCGGUUUAAUUGAAUGUAUUCCAAUAUUUUUAGCUUCAAUGUUUUGUCAAACUCAAUUACAUGUUACAUCAACAAAAUGUUUUCAACCAACAUCGUCAAAUAUGCGAUUCAUAGUUCGUGUUGCACUGGUUACAGUCGCCAUCGUUUAUGGAUUUUUUGGUUUCUUUGGUUAUGUGGCAUUUAUUAAUUCACAAAGGACAACAUUAUUCUCUGGUAAUAUUUUCUUAAUGUAUCCAGAUGAUUUACGUAGUUAUUGUAUACGUAUUGGAUUUUUAUUAACAAAUAUUGUUUCAAUACCAUUGAUUAUUUGGCCAUUACGUCAAACUGUAUAUAAUUUAUGUUGUCAAAAGCGAUUCACUUCAUUUGGUGUUGAUUUAGAAAUGAAUUCCAGUCCAAUGUUUACAGAUGAAAUACCAAGAAGAUUUAUGCAAAAAAUUACUAUCGCAUUAUUGUUAAUAUCGUUUUUGCUUAGUUUAACAACAGAUAAAAUUGAAGUAAUUAUUCGAUAUACAACUAGUAUAGCUGGUUCAUUGACUGGUUUCAUUUUGCCAGCAUUGGUACUACUUGUUGCUACCACCAACACCUCAGCAGCAUCAUCAACAUCAACAACACUUACAGCGACAAGUAAUAACAGCAGUAAUCAUCAUGAUCAUGAUCAUCCUCAUCAUCACAAGUAUAGUAUUACUAGUGGCAGUAACAGCGGUCGUAGUAGUGUUCUUCCACGUUUUCUACAAUUCAAUCGCACCCAGUCAAUCGGUGCUUAUUGUCUUCUAUUCGUUGGCUGUCUUUUAUUCUCAUUGGAGUUCUUCUCAGUACAUCCUAUCGAUAUUAAUAAUAAUAAUCAUGAGUUAAAUACUUUACCAAUUCAAUCGAAGUUUUAUCCUACUCAUACUACUACUACUACUACUACUAAUUAUAAUCAUCAUCAUAGUAUUAGUAGUAUCAAUAGUCCUAAUGAUCAAUCUGUCCAAAUGAGAAUGAUGAUUGCAUCAAAUUCAAAAAUUCUACAACCAACAACCAAUCAUAUGAAACAUCCUCCUUCUUCUUCUGCUUCUUCUUCUUCUAUAUCAAUGGACCAAUCAAAAUUGUCUCGUGAAACAAUCGACUCCGCAUCGGCACAAAAUCAUCAAUUCACUAUGUCAACAAUAUUGAAUGAAACUCGUGUGAAAAAAGAACACUGACAAAAUCAUUAUCAAACACAACGUGAACACAGCUAUUGUUUCUUUGUUUCUCUCUUCAUAAUUUUCAAAAUAACAACAUAUUUUUGACAAAAACAGUACUUCUGUACAUUAUCCAAGUACAGCUGUGAAAAAUUAUUCAUCAAUUGUAUUUUCUGAUGGUCGUCGUCUGUGCUGAUUGGUUUGACUACUUCUAGCUUAUCACUCUCAUAGAGUAGAGGAGGACGAGGCGAACUUCAUUAUGCGCACAAACACACUGGUGCACACGCACGCACGCACUCAAAGAGAGAGAGAUUAUAUUCAGUUCAGUUCAGCUGUGUGUGGGUUUACCUCCUGAAGUUUAUCAGUCUGUGAUAUUGUUUUUUUUUCCGCUGGUUGGUCGGUUGAUUGGUUGGUUAGUUUGUGUAUAUUUUAAAAUAACCAAUGUCUUUUUUUUCCCUUUACCCGACAUGUGUUGCCUAUUGAGAUGUAUAUGUGUGAUAUUUCCGUUGUUCUUAUCUUCCAUGAUGAUUUCGUCUCUUUUUUGUUGUUUGAAUUUCAUUGUUCAAAAUUCGUUUCAAUGUCAAAUGUGACUUUUUGUUGACAUUUUCUGUUCUUUUCUACUUUUUUGUCAAUCAAUGUACAAUGAUGUUGAAAUGAAAUA